UGUUAACUCAACCCAUGGCAGUUCCCAAACUAGAACUCAGGACUCUGGGCAACACGGGCCUCAAGCUCAGCAGCCUGGGUUUCGGUGCUUCCUCUUUCGGCAACAUCUCCCGUCCCGUUUCCGAAAGCGACGCCGUCGCCUCCGUCCGCGAAGCCUUCCGCCUCGGAAUCAACUACUUCGACUCCUCCCCGUAUUAUGGUGCGACAUUGUCAGAGAAGAUGCUUGGCAAGGGACUUAAAGCUCUUGGAGUUCCCAGAAAUGAAUAUAUCGUUUCCAUUGGGAGAUAUCGUGAAGGCUUUGAUUUCAGUGCGGAGAGAGUUACUCAAAGCAUCGAUGAAAGCUUGGAAAGGUUGCAACUUGAUUAUGUUGAUAUAUUCCUGUGCCAUGACAUCGAAUUCGGCCCUCUCGAUCAGAUCGUGAACAAGACGAUUCCGGCGCUCCAAAAGCUGAAGGAAGCUGGGAAUAUUCGUUUCAUCGGUAUCACCGGAUUACCAUUGGACAUCUUCACUUGUGUGCUUGAUAGGGUUCCACCAGGCACAGUUCAUGUGAUCUUGUCAUAUUGCCAUUAUAGCUUCAAUGAUUCAACAUUGGAGAAUUUAUUGCCUUAUUUGAAGACCAAAGGUGUUGGGAUAAUCAGUGCAGAUCCACUUGCCAUGGGACUUCUCACUGAGCUUGGUCCACUGGAGCGGCAUCCGGCAUCACCCGAACUCAAGUCUGCCUGCCGAGCUGCUGCUGUCUAUUGUAAAGAGAGAGGGAAGAAUAUUUCCAAGUUAGCUAUGCAAUACAGCUUGUCGAAUGAAGAUAUUUCGCUGGUGCUGGUCGGCAUGAACUCUGUUGAACAGGUUGAAGAGAAUGUUGCUUCUGCGACGGAACUUGUGCUGUUCGGGAUGGAUCGGAAAACUCUAGCCAAAGUCGAAGCAAUCCUGGAACCUGUGAAGAAUCAGACAUGGGCAUGGCCGAGUGGGAUUCAACGGAGCUGA